GAGAAUCUCUUGCAUCAAGACCAGUGAUUGGAGCCAGUGGACUCGGCAUAUUGAAGAGGGAUACACUGAUGAGAUCUUGAAUGAGGCCUUAAAAUAAUAUUAUACCAGGCUGCUUUUGGUGAACUCCAACGGAACAUGCUCUUGGUACAUCUCUGCAUUUUCUUGUCCUGAGGCCACGAGGAAGCAAGUAAUCCAGUUUAUUAGCUCAACCCACAUCCCAUGAUACCAUAUGCUUCUACUUUAUAUGGCUCCUUGUGGAUUUCCCUUGAUGGAAAAUAGAAUAUCCCUGAGUUCAUUUUUAUUCUUUUCAUUUAUUUUUUUGAGUUUUAUAUUGGAGAAGAGGAAGACUAGGAGGGCGAUUCGGUUUGUAUCAGCCAAGAUUCAUUCCCCAAAAAAAUGGGAGAUCUUUUAGGUGACUCCAGAAAGCAUGACUCCCAUGCACUUCGGAUUCAACCAAACACACUCCAGUAUAAAUUUUAGCUUCUUCCUCUUCUUCUCAAUGCCCAUCCCUCUCUCAAUGGAGGACAAGAAACACUUUCCUCUUGCUUUCAAGCUCAUGGUUGUUGUGCUUUUUUUGUUAUUGCAUUGUGUUUGUUUUUGCACUGCAGUUGCAGGUUCCUCAGGAGGGAAGAAAGGGAAAUGGCAGCUUCUCCUGAACAACACUGGUGUGGUGGGUAUGCAUAUGGCCUUAACCCAUCAUGGCACCGUAAUAAUAUUCGAUCAAAUUGGAGUGGGCCAGUCGGGUUAUGGACUCCGUCGAAGGUAUAAUGGAACAAGGUGCAUGAAUACUCAGCAUGAUUUAACAGACUGGUCCUGCUUUGCUCACUCUGUUGAGUAUGAUAUGUCACUUAACAAAGUUAGGCCUCUAAGGCUUGACACUGAUCCCUGGUGCUCUUCGGGUUCCUUCUUGAGCAAUGGAACCCUUCUUCAGACGGGUGGAUAUGGCAGGGGUUCUCGUAGAAUCCGGUACUUCCGGCCUUGUGAGAAUGGCCACUGUGAUUGGAGGCAGUCAAAGACAUUGCUGUCUGAUGACCGAUGGUAUGCUUCAAGCCAAAUACUCCCAGAGAAGGAUAGGGCUAUCGUUGUUGGGGGAAGACAAGUUUUUAGUUACGAAUUCGUGCCGAAACUGCACUCGAACCACAGAUCCUUUGAUCUUCCCUUCUUGCACCGGACUACAAACAAAAAUGAAGGGGGAAACAAUCUCUACCCUUUUGUUCACCUCUCCUCAGAUGGCAACUUGUUCAUUUUCGCCAACCGGGAUUCAAUCCUCUUCAACUAUAAACGAAACAGGGUGGUGAAGAGCUUCCCUCGAAUUCCUGGUGCUGGUUCAAGGAACUAUCCAAGCAGUGGGUCAUCGGUGAUUCUCCCUUUAGACCACGGAGACCGGUUCCACAAGGUGGAAGUCAUGGUGUGUGGAGGUGCUGCGUCAGGAGCUCAUCAAGCUGCAGAACAGGGCAAGUUCUUGAAGGGUUUGAGCUCUUGUGGGAGGAUGGUGAUUACAGGAAAUACACACAAGUGGAACAUGGAAAACAUGCCAGGACCUCGUCUCCUAAACGACAUGCUCAUCCUCCCAACUGGGGAUAUUCUCAUCAUCAAUGGUGCAAAACGUGGUUGUGCUGGAUGGAAGAAUGCUGCAGAUCCUUCUCUCCAACCUUACCUAUACAAACCCAAGAAAACCCUUGGAAGGAGGUUUUCAGUCUUGAAGUCCACGAAAAUAGCAAGAAUGUAUCACUCCUCAGCCAUUCUCACACCUGAUGGAAGAGUUCUAGUUGCUGGGAGUAACCCCAACAACAAGUACACCUUCAGAAAUGUGAGGUACCCAACUGAGCUGAGAUUACAGGCCUUUGUUCCAGCCUACAUGGACAGACAAUACCACAACACAAGGCCAGGCAAUGUGUCAAUACACUAUGGAAGUGGCACUAAUGGAGGAGUGAGGUAUGGCGAAGGCUUUUCUGUUCGAUUCUGGCUGGGGAAGAAGCCGAGCAAGACAGUGGAGUUCAGUGCAUAUGCACCACCAUUCACGACACACUCCAUUUCAAUGAACCAAAGGAUGCUGAAACUCAGGUGCAAGAGCAUGGUGAGGGGUGAGGGUGGUUGGAUCAAUGCAGCUCUGGAGGCUCCUCCAUCUCCUAAUGUUGCACCCUCUGGUUAUUACAUGCUUACAGUCAUCAAUGGGGGGAUCCCCAGUAUUUCUCAGUGGAUUAGGAUCAUACAUGCUUGAUGUUCCUUUAUUUUUCUUUUCUUAAAGUAGGAAAGGGGUAGUUUAGGAUAGAGCUUUUCUAAAUCUAGCCCCACCAAAGGAUACAUGCAACUUACGUUAAAAUGAAAAGAAACCGAAGCAAAGUAUAUAUGUUCCAUCAA